AUGAAACAAUUGUUAGAGAAGGUGGAAAGUCAGAUGGAAGAGAAUAUGAACGGAGGUGCAGUAAAAGGAAUGAAAGAGGUUGCAGCUGAGGGCCAAAGGAACACUAUAAAGAACUUUAAUGAAUGCCUACAGAGCACCACGCCGGACAAGCAGGUUUGCAGCAGGAGGGUUGAUGUUUCAUGUGUUCCUUACCCUCCAGAUUCCCUACCUACCACCCACCCUGCAGGGGCGGACAAACAGGUUUGUAGGAGGAGGGCUGAUGUGUCAUGUCUCCCCUACCCUUCUAUUCCCCUCAUUCCCCCGCCCCUCCAGGGCAGACAAGCAGUUCCCAUUACCAGCUCCACUUCUGUAUCCACUUCUAUGCCUCCUCCUCCUCCUCCUCCUCCACCAGAGGUCGCUGUGACAAACCUCCCGCCCCCCAAUAUGUGGCUGCAAGCUCGUAGUGAUGAUGAUGAUGAUGAUGAUGAUGAUGAUAAUAAUACCUUUUGCAAAAUUCCCAUUACCAGCUCCACUUCUGUAUCCACUUCUAUGCCUUCACCUCCUCCUCCUCUUUCUCCUCCUCCUCAUUCUCCUCCUCCUCCUCCUCCUCCACCAGAGGUCGCAGGGACAAACCCCCCGCCCCCCAAUAUGUGGCUGCAAGGGCAGACAAGCAGGUUUGUGAAGGAGGGCGGAUGUGUCAUGUCUCCACCCUCCAGUUCCCCUAUUCCCCCGCCUUCCAGGGCAGACAAGCCAGGUUUUGUAGAAGGAGGGGGAGUGUCAUGCUCCACCCCCAGAUUCCUUACCUAUCCUGACCCCCACCAGUUUUGGAAACCAAGUUUGAGGAGGAGAUUUUCCCAUUACCAGCUCCACUUCUGUAUCCACUUCUAUGCCUUCACCACCCCUCCUACUCAUUCUGCUCCUCAACCUCCUCCUCCUCCUCCUCCUCAUUCUCAUCCUCCUCCUCCACCAGAGGUUGCAGGGACAAACCCCCCGCCCCCCAAUAUGUGGCUGCAAGUCAGCGUUUUCGAAGUUCUUGCGGAAGAAUGA